AUGGCACAGCCCGCCGAGGAGCUCGAGACCAUAAUCCUAAACGAGGAAUUCCCCGAUCGGUGGGUGAAGAUCGGCACUAAUCUGGACCCCGACCUCCGAAGACAGUUCGUCGACUUCUUACGACAGCAUGCGGAAGUCUUCGCCUGGUCUUAUGACGAUAUGCCCGGCAUAUCACCUGAUGUCAUCAGCCACAAGCUCAGCAUCUCCCCCGCCCACAAACCGGUCAGGCAAAAGCGCCGAUCGUACGAUGCCGAACGGUAUGAGGCGAUGCGUGCCGAAGUUGACAAGCUCAAAGCCAUCGGCUUUAUUAGGGAAGCUACGUACCCUGUUUGGCUUGCCAACUCGGUCAUGGUCCGAAAGGCCAGGGGAGGGUGGCGAAUGUGUCAGGACUAUACCGACCUGAAUAAGGGCGCAACGUACCAACGGCUCGUCAACCGGAUGUUUGCUAAAUACAUCGGCGGCAUCAUGGAGGUAUAUGUCGACGACAUGUUGGUGAAAAGCCGAACGGUCGGGGGGCACCUGGAAAACUUGGCCCUCAUGUUCGGUAUUCUAAAGGAUUACCGAAUGAGGCUAAACCCGGCGAAGUGCGCCUUCGGUGUAUCUUCCGGUAAAUUUCUAGGGUUCAUGAUCAGUCAAAGGGGAAUCGAGGACAAUCCCGAGAAAAUCAAAGCCAUAGUCGACAUGGAGACGCCGAAAACGCAAAAGGACAUUCAGAGCCUUACCGGACGUGUCGCUGCCCUGACAUGCUUCAUCUCCAAGGCUAUCGAUAAAUGCGUGCCGUUCUUCAAAGCUUUGAAAGGGGGCAAACAUCAUAUAACAUGGACUCCCGAAUGCGACCCGGCAUUUCAAAACUUGAAGAACUACAUGAGCCAGGCACCACUGUUAUCAAAACCGUUCCCAGGCGAGGUACUACUCCUAUACCUUUCGGUAUCCAUUACUGCCGUUAGCUUAGUGUUGAUAAGGAAGCCGGAGAAGGUGGAGCUACCGAUCUUUUAUGUCAGCAAGGCGCUCCAGAGCGCAGAGCUUCGGUACCCACCCUUGGAGCAGCUAGCACUGGCCCUGGUCGUCUCGGCGCGAAGACUUCGCCCUUACUUCCAGGCUCACGGGAUCACAGUUCUGACGAACCAGCCUCUCUGGCAGGUGCUCCAAAAGCCGAAAACAUCUGGCCGAUUGGUCAAAUGGGCAAUCGAGUUGGGAGAGUUUGACAUACAGUUCAAGCCAAGGCCUGCAGAAAAAGGCCAAGCCGUUGCCGACUUCAUCUCCGAGCUCACACCUCCUGCCCUAUCGGAACCAUCAUCGCCGAGCGCCGUACCUGCCGCACCAGAGAAAAUGGAUACCGAACGUCUCGACACUUCUUCUCCUGUCUUGAUCCUGCAUGUGGACGGCUCGGCAAACCAGCAAGGCUGUGGUGCCGGCUUAGUGUUAACCACUCCGGAUGGUAGCAAAAUUGAGUACGCCCUCCGAUUCAACUUUCGGACCUCCAAUAACGAGGCAGAAUAUGAGGCCCUCCUGGCUGGCCUUCGGCUAGCCCAAAGUAUGAGCGUAAGGCAGAUCAGCAUUCACAGCGACUCCCAGCUCAUAGUAAAUCAGAUAACGGCAGACUUCGCAGCAAAGGACGCCUCCAUGUCAGCCUACCUAUCGGCAGCUCACCAACUACUACAAAAAUUCCAGGCCUACGAGAUACGGCAGAUCCCCAGAUCGGAGAACAACCAUGCCGACGCGCUCUCACGAUUGGCCUCGGCAAUAAAUGACAAGAUCGGAAGGAAGGUACCGGUGGAGAUAUUAUCCCGACCGAGUACAACCGCCGCUGAGGUAUGUACCGUUCGGUACGAGGACACAUGUAUGUCUCCAAUCUAUGCCUACCUGACAGCCGGAACCCUUCCUACCGAUAAGUCCCAAGCUCGGAAACUUCGCUACCGAUCGGCAAGGUACACGGUCAUCAACGAUGGUCUGGACAAACGGGAAGACGCCGUAUUUAAAAUGCCUGACCAAGGAGCAGGGGGACUACAUCCUUCGGGAGGUCCACAGCGGAAUUUGCGGUGA